UGAGUUGUAAGUGACGAGCGGUGACGUCAGACGCAGAUGGAAAAAGGGAACCGACAGUAUGGCUGCCCAGUGCCGGAGCCCUCGGUGCACGGCGGAGAGGAAGGGAUUCCGGCGGGAGCUCGACUCGUGGCGGCACCGGCUCAUCCACUGUGUAGGUUUCGAGAGCAUUCUAGAAGGGCUGUAUGGACCAGGAUUACGUAGAGACCUCAGUUUAUUUGAUGACUGUGAACCAGAAGAACUGGUUGAUUGGUGUGUGGAUGAGAAAUGUUCAUUAUGUAGCCUUCACAAGGAGACAGUUGUAAGUAUUUCUGACUGCACGCCAUCAGGUGGUUCAGCACAGUCCACACCUACAGGGGAAGUGAUAUCUCAGGGCCAGUUCAACACAGAUAAAAUUGAAUGCCAAGCUGAAAAUUACCUAAAUGCACUCUUUCAGAAGAAAGAUCUUCCUCAGAACUGUGAUCCCAACAUUCCACUUGUAGCUCAGGAAUUAAUGAAGAAAAUGAUACGUCAGUUUGCAAUUGAAUAUGUUUCAAAAAGCCGAAAAAUGUAUCAAGACAAUGGAACAAUGGUUGAGUCUCCUAAUGGCUGUAAUGGUAUCCAGCUGAACCAAACAGAAAGCUUGUUACAGGAAGACCAGGAUAGUCCGUUAGACCUCACAGUGACACGGAUUCAGGAGCAUUCUUUUCAGGACGAUGAUGGGGUUUUGGAUCUCUCUGUAAAAAGUAACUGCAGUGGACUAGAAGAAAACUCCAAAAUCAAAAAUCUCAAACUUGAGAGACUUCAGAGAGAGAGCGAUGACUAUUUGGACCGAAGUCCUGAGUUUGCAGACGGUUUGCUUUCAAAAGCAUUGAAGGAUAUUCAGCUGGGAACACUGGAUAUUAACAAAGCAGCCAUACUUUAUGGCAUACCUCAGAAAACUUUACUACUUCACUUAAAAGCCUUAUCAGCAGGCAAGCCUGCAUAUUUUAAAAACACAGCUGAAAAUUGUAAUGAUGGGUAUUUAUACAAAGACGGCACUAAGGCGUGUGCUGUUUUUCAAAAAGUCGCCCAGUGGGCAAGGGCUCAGGCCGAGCAUACAGAAAAAAGUAAACUCAGUCUACUUGAAACCUCGGAACUGAAACUCCCAACCGCUUCCAGUUACCUCCAUCAGUUAACUCUACAGAGAAUGGUUGCUCAGUUCAAAGAAAAAAAGGAAGGUUUGCAUUGUGAAUCUUCAGCUCCCACUGUACAGUUAAAAAUUCCUCAGGUACGAGUGAGCUCUGUGCCCAAACCACAGCCCGAUCCUUCUGGUCUUCUGGAUGUGAUGCAUCAGGUUACUAAAACCUCGGGAGUUAUGGAAAAUUCAUCUCUGCAAAAACUAAAAAACAUCCUUCCCAAGCAAAACAAAGUUGAAUGUUCGGGAAACCUAACUCGUUCCAACCUCGAUUCCUAUGUUCACAGAGAGCUUUCUCCUUUGUGUCUUAAUAACAAGAAUGGAGUUGGCGACACCUCUUCUGACAACCCAGAUGACGACCGGAAAGACAAACAGCCGAGGAAAAAACGGGGUAGAUACAGACAAUAUGAUCAUGAAAUUUUGGAAGAAGCUAUAGCCAUGGUACUGACUGGGAAAAUGAGUGUUUCUAAAGCACAAGGAAUUUAUGGCGUACCUCACAGCACUUUAGAAUACAAAGUCAAAGAACGGUCUGGAACACUGAAGAACCCUCCAAAAAAAAAGCUUCGCUUGGCAGACCCUCAUUUGUACAAUGUUGUUAAUUCAGGGACUGAUAUCUCCAGAAAUGGUAGCAAGUCUAUGUAGAUGUAAUUUUGAAAUUUUGACUAUUUAAUAUCCGUGUGUAUUGUUACACACGUCUACUGUACACGCAACCGAGUGUGACCUAACAUACUCUGCCGAAACGAUACAGUUCUUAACCACAUUCAUGCCUUUUAAAAUAGAUUAUUCAGGGUUUUCACUGUGGACUGAAUUAUUUUGUUGCACACUUACUACUGAUACUAUGUUUUGAGCAUUCGUUUUGCUUAAAUAGCUAAUAAUUCAGGGUUUAUAAGUCAUAGUUAACAGCAGAAAACAAACUAUGAUCAACACUACUUACUACAGUACCAAUGUUGAAAUCACAACUUCCACUCCUUUUGACAGUCGUAGGACGUUUCAUAGUCUAGCGAUCAGUUUUUCUACUCCAUGGUUUUAAGAAAUGUCCCUGGAUCACCUUCAGGUAAAUGACAAAAGCUUAUGUGUGGAAGCAUGCAGUAUUAUUUCAAUGCAGAAUAACUGUACUUUCUUAAGUAUCCACACAUACUGAGAUUUAAAAAGAGGUUUGGUAGAACAUG